UUUACAUCUUCAGGCCUUGCUUGUUUUACUACAAAUUCCUAUAUUUUUUGCCCCUGCCCGUGUCUCCAAAUGUCACCUUCUUCAUCUUCAGCCUCAUGUGUGUAUAAAUAUAGGCGAACAGAGAAGAAGAAAAAAUCAAUGAUAUAGCCUAGCUCUAGCUCUAGCUCUAUUGUCUAUUGUCUGUUACAGCCAGAGCAGAGAACUUUCAGAAAAAGAGAGAGACAAGGUAGAAAGUUUUUCUUCAUCAGUAUUUACUACAAAAAAGAAUAACAGUGAUCAGUAAGCAGAGUUUGAUCGAUCCCUGAAGUGAAAUGCCGGGACUAGCCAUGGAUGUUUUAAAUGGAGGUGAAUAUAGAAGAGGAGAUGAUGAUACAAUUGGAGACUGCAUGUCUUACAAGGGUAGCGACUGUAGCCACCGGAUGAUCAGGUCUCCAAGAAGCACAUUAAGCCCUCACAGUCCAUGCAGUGACUCCAUUGAUCUAGCCAUUCAUGGCAUCGUUGACACCUCCAUCGACCAUCUGUAUCACAAUGUCUAUAGGAUGCAAUGCUCUGAUCCUUCUCCCUCCAGGGCUAGUUUUCUGUCAUAUGGUGAGGAAUCGAGGAUUGAUUCGGAAUUGCGCCAUCUUGUUGGAGAUAUUGAAGAAACAGAGAUAACCAAAGAGGUGACAAUAUCGGAGAAUAUAGAAGGGGAUUGUGUUGCUGGCUUCACAGCUUCCAAUGACGAUUAUAAUGGGUCUACUGACCAAAAAAAGGCUAAAAGCCAAGCUGCAAGCCUUAAGAAGCAGCUUUUCCGCAUGGAAUCAGAAUCUGGUGCAUCUGCAAGAUGGAAUCCUAAGAGCAGAUCUUCUCACGAGAAGCCUCCGACCGAUAGGCAGAUGUUGGACAAGAAAAUAAGAAGACCAAAUGCAGUUUUUGCAGUGAAGAAGCAGGGAAGUUUCGCUUCUGUUCGAGAAAAGUUCCGGAAUGGAAUUGAUCAGCAUCUUCUGCAGACUGCGGGAUUAGAUAACCCCGACCUUGGACCAUUCUUGCUUAAACUAACAAGGGAUAUGAUAUCUUCCGGUGAAAGUCCGCAAAAAACCCUUGAAUUUUCUCUUCGAGCAACGAAAUCAUUUGAGGUAUGUGCAAAUGGAAAACCCAAUUUAGAGCACGUUAUGUCUUUGCAUGUUUUAGCAGCAAUAUACUGCAGCUUAGGCCAAUAUAAUGAGGCAAUUCCUGUUCUAGAGCGCUCUAUUGAGAUUCCAGUAAUAGAAGAUGGUCCAAAUCAUGCACUGGCUAAGUUUGCUGGUUGCAUGCAAUUGGGUGAUACUUACGCAAUGCUUGGCCAGAAUGAGAAUUCAACACUGUGUUAUUCAGCUGGUCUCGAAAUCCAAAGGCAAGUCUUGGGAGAAACAGAUCCUCGAGUUGGUGAGACAUGCCGAUAUGUAGCUGAGGCUCACGUUCAAGCAUUGCAAUUUGAUGAUGCUGAGAAGCUUUGUCAGAUAGCACUUGACAUCCAUGGGGAGAAAGGUGGCCCAGCCGCAACUCUUGAAGAAGCAGCAGAUAGAAGGCUUAUGGGCAUUAUCUGUGAAGCAAAAGGAAAUUAUGAAUCUGCUCUUGAGCAUUAUGUUUUAGCAAGCAUGGCCAUGGCAGCAAAUGGCCAGGACAUGGAUGUGGCUUCCAUUGAUUGCAGCAUUGGAGAUGCAUAUUUAUCUUUGGCACGCUAUGAUGAGGCUAUCUUCACUUAUCAGAAAGCGCUUACUGUCUUCAAGUCAAGUAAAGGAGAGAAUCACCCAGCAGUUGCUUCCGUUUUUGUACGUUUGGCUGACUUGUAUAACAAAAUAGGGAGGUUCAGGGAUUCUAAAUCCUACUGUGAAAACGCACUUAGGAUUUACGAAAAGCCACGUCCUGCAGGGGGGGUCUGGCCUUCAGAAGAAAUUAUAGCCAGUGGUUUUAUUGACGUUUCUGCUUUAUAUCAGUCCAUGAACGAGUAUGAUCGGGCACUCAAAUUACUCAAGAAGGCUUUAAAGAUCUACGGUACUGAUGCUCCGGGUCAGCAAAACACAGUCGCAGGAAUUGAAGCCCAGAUGGGGGUCAUUUAUUAUAUGAUGGGGAAUUAUGCUGAUUCUUACAGAACUUUCAAGAGUGCCAUAGCAAAAUUUCGAGCAAGUGGAGAGAGAAAAUCUGCCUUGUUUGGGAUUGCUUUGAACCAAAUGGGUCUAGCCUGCGUGCAGUGUUACGCAAUAAACGAGGCUGCAGAUCUGUUCAAAGAAGCAAGAAGCAUCUUGGAGAAGGAAUAUGGACCCCAUCAUCCAGACACUUUGGGGGUUUAUAGCAACCUAGCAGGCACCUAUGAUGCAAUGGGCAGGUUGGAUGAUGCCAUCGAAAUUCUGGACUAUGUGGUUGGCAUGAGGGAGGAAAAGCUAGGAACAGCAAAUCCUGAUGUGGAUGACGAGAAGCAACGGUUAGUGGAGUUAUUGAAAGAAGCAGGCAGGGUUCGGAACAGGAAAUCCAAAUCACUAGUAACCCUCCUUGAUGCAAAUUUUCAGAUUAUUAUGGACGAUGAUCUUGAGGUCUCGUAAUUACCAUGAUAAUCCAUGAUGAAUGUAAGAACGAAUUUUCUCAGGUGCAGGAUUAGGCGGUUUGGUCUUGCUUGCUGUAUUAGGUUCCUGUCUGGACUAUGGAGAAUGAAAUAAAUCGAAAUAGCAAUUACAGGGUAAGAGAUCGGUUUCAAGCUUUUUUCUCAUAGAUAAUACCAUUUAUUUGUGAUUGGCAAAAAGGUGUAGCAUUCGAAUCCUGCACUUCCCUUGUCGCAAUCUCCUUUGUAUGCCUUAGUUUUCAGGAAAUAAAUGUUGAGACAUCAUUUUCUUC